AUGUCAUCCGACUUGUCGUCGCCCCAGUUUGAGGGCGGAAUGGCUCCGCCCACGCCGGACAAGCCGGUUUCUGGCCAGCAGCCAGGCCAGGGCGCAAUGAGCCGCUCCAACUCGAACCUCGUCGCCGACCUCGAGCAGAGGCGGCAGACGGCAGCCUCGUAUCGCAACGGCCAGCCCACCUCAGAGGCCCAGGCGGCCAACGCCGUCUAUCAGCCUCAGCAUCAAGCAGAUCCACCCCGCGAGCUGUUCCUACGCAUCCGUAUCCAGUCGAUUGAAAAGGCCAAGCGCGACCUCAUGGUCAGGAUGGACGCAAUCACCAAUGUCCCCCAUUUUCGGUCCUCGUCCUACCCGGGAUUCACUCGCUCCUACCGCGAACUGUGCCUCUACGCCCUCGCCCUCUCGCUCUCGUCGCCCGCCACCAUCGUACCCGCGCUGCCGCUGCCCUCCACCACGGCAAGCGGCGUCGAGGACACCCGCAUCCUCCGCCUCAUGCUCUCGCGCUGGUUCUCUCGCAUCCUCGCCGAGCCCUCGCUCCGCGACAACCCAGAGACGCGCAACCUCGUCGAGGCCGACUUUACCUACUCGCCCACCCCACCCGGCGCCGGCAGCUCCUCUGCAGCCAGGAAGAGGUUCGCCAACGCCAUGGCCAGCGCCGCAAACGUUGCCUACGGCGGCGUCGACUCGACCGGUGGCCUCCCCAACGGCGUCCUCGCCACCUCGGCCUCCGCAAGCACCAGGAGCGGUGGCGGCGGCGGUGGCUUCAGCAUCCUGGGCCUCGGAGGCGGCAACAAGGGCCUCAGCACCUCGAGGAGCGUCUACGACGAUGACGAGGACCUUGUGGCGGCACGCGCAGAGGUGACGAGGCUCGAGAUGCAGUUUGCCGACGCCGCCGAGGCGUCCGAGAAGCUGGCCCAUUCGCGCCGCGCCCUCACCACCGCCCUCUCCGACCUCUCUGCCAAGCUCAACAACCUCGGCGCCGUCGAAGAGGUCCGUCCGCCCUCGAUGCGCCUCGGGCUGCCCCACGCGCUCAAGAGCGCCGCGCACACGAGCCGCAGCGUGGGCGAGCUGCAGGACGCCCUCAGCAACACUGAGCUGCUGACGCUCGGCGAUGCGGUCGCCUACCAGUCGAUCAACGCCCGGGCCGCCAAGGAGGCCAUGCUCGCGCGCAACGCCCUCGUCGAGGAACACCACAAUGCGCAGAAGGCCGUGGUCGCCAAGAAGCGCGAUGCCGAGCACCUCAAGACGCAGCGCAACCUGCGGGCGGACAAGGUCGACGACGCCCUCGAGGAGCUCGAAGAGGCAAAGCGGCACGAAGUCGCGCUGGCGCAGAAUCUCAAGCGGAUCAGCCUCAACCUGCACAGCAGCCUCCAGAGCCACAGCCGGCACGCGCACCACGACCUGCAGCAGGCCCUGUUGGAGCACGCGCGGGGUAGCCUGAUGUACCAAAAGCAGAUCCUCAAGGAGCUCCGUGCGCUCAAGCCGGAGCUCGAGGCUCGGCGGGCGCCGAUCGCCUCGGCCACCUCUUCGUCGUCGAUGUCGCAGGGCACGCCGGCAAUGCCGUCUGGAGCCGUGCCUGGAGCGGGGCAGGGAGGAGCACACGAAGUGCCAAGGCCGUACGAAGCCAUGGAGUCGCCCGCAGCACCGCCGCCGCCAUCUGCCGUUCUGUCUCCAGCACCAGCACCAACACCGGCGCCGGCAUUCGCAGCAGCAGCAGCAGCAGCAGCCUCGGCGUCUUCGGACAUGGGCAAGUCAGGUAGCGCUUCUUCGGCGCUGCCCACUUCGCCUCCCCGGACCAGCAGCAUGCCGGCCUCGCGCAGCUUCAGUGCCCAGGCAGCCUCGGCUGCUCAACAAGCCGGUCCUCAGACGAUGACGCCACCGCGGCCAAAUCCCUGGAUCCGCGCCGAUACGCAGUCCCCAACCCAACCCCAGCAUCACGCUCCGAGCGGCAUGACGCAGUCCUUCUUCCAGCCACGGCAUCCGUCGCACACGACUCCGGAAUCGCCGGGAUUUCACCACCAUCCACCACCGCAGCAGCAGCAACAGCAGUCCCCACCGCCGGGCAACGCCAUGGCGCAGAGCAUGUUUGUCACUCCGCCCGCGCCGCUCGAUGGCGCGGCCUCGUUUGCGUCGAGGUUCGGCACCCUCAACUCGGGUGCGGCCGGCUUCGCGAGCGGCACCGCGAGUGGGCGCAGCCGCAUCUCGGCCAGCGAGGCCGCGAGGAGCCUGGCUGGGAAGUUUUGA